GUGAUUAUCAACAAUGUAGCCAAGGUGCGGAGACUAAAUAUCAUCUAUCUGUAUUUUGCAUUAUUGGUUUUUCUUGUAACAGUUGACCUCAAAUCUUCGAUCAACUCCUUUGAUGGAAUUCGCGUCUUCUUCAUCACCCUUCUCAAAAUCCAAAACCCAAUGGAUGUACGAUGUGUUCAUCAAUUUUAGGGGAGAAGACAUCCGUAAGAAUUUCGUUUCUCAUCUUCAUUCUGCCCUUUUACAUGCUGAAGUCAAAACUUUCCUUGACGACGAGAAUCUACUGAAGGGAAUGAAGUCGGAAGAACUGAUCCGAGCAAUAGAAGGGUCUCAGAUUGCAGUAGUUGUUUUCUCCAAAACCUAUACCGAAUCUAGUUUGUGUCUUCGUGAGCUUGAAAAAAUCAUUGAAAGCCACGAAACUCGUGGCCAAAGAGUUUUACCCAUAUUCUACGAAGUUGAUCCUUCCGAUGUACGUCAGCAGAAGGGUGAUUUUGGAGAAGCCUUGAAAGCAGCUGCACAAAAAGGAUUUUCAGGAGAACAUCUGGAAUCUGGGUUGUCGAGGUGGAGCCAAGCCAUCACAAAAGCUGCAAACUUGCCUGGUUGGGAUGAGAGCAAUCACGAGAAUGAUGCUGAACUAGUGGAGGGAAUUAUUAACUUCGUUCUUACUAAACUAGACUACGGCUUGUCUAUUACUAAAUUUCCUGUUGGAUUAGAAUCCCGCGUGGAAAAAGUUAUUGGAUUUAUUGAAAAUCAGUCCACCAAAGUCUGUAAGGUAGGGAUAUGGGGGAUGGGAGGAUUGGGUAAAACUACCAUUGCCAAAGGCAUCUACAAUCGAAUUCAUCGUUCAUUCAUAGAUAAAAGUUUCAUUGAAGAUGUUAGAGAAGUUUGUGAAACGGAUGGCAGAGGGGUUACUCUUUUACAAGAACAACUUCUUUCAGAUGUGCUAAAAACAAAGGUCGAGAUAACAAGUGUAGGGAAGGGAAGAACUAUGAUCAAGGGGAGACUUUGUGGAAAAAGGUUGCUCAUUGUACUUGAUGAUGUGAAUAAGUUUGGCCAAUUAAAAGAUCUGUGUGGAAAUCAUGAAUGGUUUGGUCAAGGAAGUGUAUUAAUCAUUACAACUAGAGAUCUACACCUACUGGACCUACUUAAAGUUGAUUAUGUUUAUGAAAUUGAGGAAAUGGACGAAAAUGAGUCCCUUCAGCUUUUUAGUUGGCAUGCCUUUGGACAACCAAAACCAAGAGAAGACUUCAAUGAACUUGCAAGAGAUGUAGUUGCUUAUUGUGGAGGAUUACCAUUAGCUCUUGAAGUCCUUGGUUCUCAUUUAAUUAGUAGGACAGAGACAGAGUGGGAAAGUGCAUUGUCAAGGUUAAAAAUGACUCCCAAUGAUCAAAUUCAGCAAAAAUUAAGAAUAAGUUUUGAUGAUUUAUAUGAUCAUAUGGAAAAACAUAUAUUUCUUGACAUAUGUUGUUUCUUUAUUGGUAAAGACAAGGUCUAUGUUACACACAUACUAAAUGGAUGUGGACUACAUGCUGAUAUUGGGUUAACAGUUCUCAUAGAGCGUAGCCUUGUAAAAGUUGAAAAGAAUAACAAACUUGCAAUGCAUAAUUUGCUACGAGAAAUGGGAAGAGAGAUUAUUCGUGAAGGUUCAAGAAAGAAACUUGGGAAGCGCAGUCGUUUGUGGUUUGAUGAGGAUGUAGUUGAAAUUUUGACAGAGAAAACUGGGACAGAGGCUAUUGAGGGAUUGGCUCUGAAAUUGCAUUCAAACAAAAGAUAUUGCUUCAAAGCUGAUGCUUUUGCAGAAAUGAAGAGAUUGAGACUGUUGCAACUUGAUAAUGUAGAACUCACUGGAGAUUAUAGGUAUCUUUCUAAGCAACUGAGAUGGAUCUCUUGGAAAGGAUUUUCUCUAAAAUACAUACCUAAGAGCUUUUAUCUGGAAGGUGCAAUUGCAAUUGAUUUAAAACACAGUAGUCUUAGACUAGUCUGGAAAGAACCCCAGGUUUUGCAGUGGCUAAAAUUCCUCAAUCUUAGUCACUCCAAGUACUUGAAAGAAACCCCCGACUUUUCAAAAUUACCAAAUCUUGAAAAGCUCAUUCUCACAGAUUGUUCAAGUUUGCUCAAGGUACACCAAUCCAUUGGAGAUCUCCAGAAUCUUCUAUUUAUAAAUUUGAAGGACUGUAAAAGCCUAAGUAAUCUCCCCAGAUCGAUAUAUAAAUUGAAAUCUUUGAGAACUCUCAUCCUAUCUGGUUGUUCGAAGAUUGACACAUUGGAUGAAGAUAUAAUGCAGAUGGAAUCCUUGACAACACUAAUUGCUGAAAAUACUGCUGUGAAACAAGUGCCCUUUCCAAUAGUAAGUUCGAAAGGCAUUGGGUAUAUAUCCAUUUAUGGAUAUGAAGGAUUUUCACAUCAUGUUUAUCUUUCUAUCAUGCGGUCUUGGAUGCUACCAAAAAUGAAUCCCCUAUCUUGUAUUCGCUCGUUUAGUGGCACUUCAUCAUCUCCAAUUCCCAUGGACAUGCAGAAUAAAAAUUUGAGUGAUCUAGCACCACCAAUUUCAAAUUUUCGAAGUGUUGUGGUGCAAUGUGAGACAGAGAUUCAACUAUUUAACCAAAUAAGAACAAUUCUAGAUGAUGUGUAUGGUGCAAAUUUUAGUGAAUUAGAAAUAACAUCAUAUACAUCCCAAAGUUCAAAUCAUUCCGUGAAGUCUUAUUUGAUUGGCAUUGGAGAUUUUGAGCAAGUCUUCAUUUCUCUCAGCAACAGCAUAUCUGAGGGAUUGGCAACCUGUGAGUCUUCUGAUGUUUUUCUCCCUGGUGACUAUUAUCCGUAUUGGUUGGCUCAUACAGGUGAGGGACAGUCAGUGUAUUUCACUGUGCCCGAGGAUUGUCGCAUAAAGGGUGUAACUUUGUGUGUUGUUUAUUUAUCAACCCUCGAAAACAUGGCUACUGAAGUUCUUAUUGGUGUUUUAAUGGUUAAUUACACAAAGUGCGCCAUCCAGUUUCACAAGCGAGAGACUUUAUUUUCCUUUAAUGAUGUAGAUUGGCAGGGCAUAAUAUCAUUUUUUGGACCUGGAGACAAGGUGGAGAUUUUUGUUAUUUUUGGGAAUGGAUUGGCGAUCAAGAAGACAGCUGUGUAUUUAAUUUGUGAUGAAUCCAUUGAAAUGGAAAUGACAAAGAUUGAAAUGGACAUGGAGCCUUCACAUUUGUAUUGUGAUGAUGUCAUUGAAAAGGACACGGAGCCUUCUAAUUUGUAUUGUGAUGAUGUCAUUGAAAAGGACAUGGAGCCUUCUCGUGAGCAAAAGAAAGUGACAAAGAAUGAGAGAUUAGUACGACUCAACAAAAUUUUAAAAAAAUAUUUUCCAAGAAAGUAGAGUUUUGAACUAAUUUUUACUGGGCAUGCCAAAGUCAUUGUCUAGGAUUUUGGAAAGUGCCAAAAUUAUGUACUUUUAGGGUGUUUUUAAGUCAUUUUUCUUGCUCUUACCUUGAUUUAGAAGGUUGUUGGGACAAAGAUUGCUUUGUUUCCACUAUUUUCUGAAUUUAAGUUUAGUAUUUUGAUUUCUUUGUUAUAUAUUGUAGUAAUUUAUCCCAUAUUUUUUUUAGAAAAAAAGGGUCUGAAGAUGGAGAAUUUAUCUUGGGGAGCAACUAUGAUGUGUUGAAUCUUCAAACGGAUCAACUUGGUCAACAAAAUUCUGGAAGAAUAAAAACUGGCAUAUGGUCAAGCCAAAAUUUCAUGGCUGAGUGGAUUUACACUUGAAAUGGAAAUGUUGUUUAUGUAUUUUUAGGUCUAACCCGUGAAUAUAGAUAGAUUCUCCCUCCCUUUUGCUUUCAUCAUUGUAACAGUUUGCAACUUUUGUACUGUUUUUGUGUUUUCUUCAUCCAUCUUCUUCCCCACCAUGGAUAAUCCCAUGUCGCUUAUUGUCAUGAGUGACUAAGUUCUCUUGUUGUAAGGGAUAAAUGUAAUCAUUUCUUAACUCUCAUGCAUCUUUUGAUAUAAAUGAUUAUAUAUUUCUCAUA